AUGUCAGCUCCUAAAAUAAAGCCAUUAGAUCCUGAUGUUAUUAAUAAGAUAGCGGCAGGUGAGAUUAUCGUCUCGCCUGUCAAUGCCCUGAAGGAAAUGCUGGAAAAUUCUAUAGAUGCUGCAUCUAAAAAUAUUGAAAUUCUGGUUAAAGAUGGUGGGACUAAAUUAUUACAAAUAACUGAUGAUGGUCAUGGGAUUUCAAAGGAAGAUUUAUCUAUCUUAUGUGAGAGAUUUACCACCUCAAAAUUAAAAAAUUUUGAUGAUUUAUCCAGUAUCGAGACAUAUGGGUUUAGAGGUGAAGCCCUAGCUUCUAUUUCGCAUAUUGCCAAAGUAUCAGUAAUUACUAAAACAGCAGAUGAUAGAUGUGCUUGGAAAACUACUUAUCUACAAGGUAAGAUGACAUCAGAUCCAAUUCCUACAGCAGGCAAAGAUGGUACCACUAUAUCGGUUCAAGAUUUGUUCUAUAAUGUGCCCUCCAGAUUAAGGACAUUGAAAUCUUCUAAUGAAGAAUUUUCUAAAAUUGUUGAUGUUGCUGGGAGAUAUGCCAUCCAUUCCAAAAAUAUUGGUAUAUCAGUCAAAAAACUGGGUACUUCUCAAUGCACUCUAAACAUUAGAAAUAACCUGACCACUAAGGAUAGAAUUAGAUCUAUAUUUGGCCACACAGUUGCUAGUAAUAUUUUCCAUAUUGAUUUCCCAACUUCAAAUUCAAUUACUAACCCGGAUGAUAAGGAAACAUCUAAUUCUGAUACAGAUGAAAAAAAUCUAGGUCUCAAGUCAAUAACGGGUGAAUUCAAUAGUUUAAAUUAUGUCUCUAAAAAAGCUAUAUCACCUAUUUUUUUCAUUAAUAAUCGGUUGAUUACGUGUGAUCCAUUAAGACGAUCAUUAACACAGGUUUAUUCUGGGUUCUUACCGAAGGGAAAUAAACAUUUUAUAUACCUAUCAUUAGUAAUUGACCCAAGAAAUGUUGAUGUCAAUAUACAUCCAACAAAAAGAGAGGUCCGAUUUCUUUAUCAAGAUGAAAUCAUCGAGAAGAUUUCAUUGUAUUUGAAUGGACAAUUGAGUAAAAUGGAUUCAUCCAGGUCAUUUGCCACACCAUCAUUGAAACAAGAAUCUCUAUCAUCUCAAAAUUUCGAUACCACUGCAUCAUCAUCUUCCAAAAGAUUGCUCCAAUCACAAAUUACUUCAUCCUCUUUACCAAUUGGUGGUGUAGCUAAACCUAAAAGGUAUGAAAACAAAUUGGUUAGAACUGAUUCAGCACAGACUAAGAUCACGUCGUUUUUAAGAAAUAGUAGAUUUACUCCAACAAUAGCAGGCGGGGAACAAUUUACUAAACUUGAUAGUAAUGAUAAUACUGAUACUUUAACUACCUCUACAAGGAAUAUCCGUUCCUCCUCACCAUCUAUCAUGACAUCUAAUACUACAUUAUUUGUGGAAGAUGAAGAAGAUGAUAUUAAAACAAAGAACAAUAGUUAUUCUGUGGUUCCCAAAGAACGAGUCAAUGUUAAUUUAACUAGUAUUAAACAAUUGAGAGAAAAUGUGGACGCUUCUACUCAUCAAGAAUUAACCAAUAUUUUUGCAAAUUUGACAUAUGUAGGCAUUAUAGACCAAGAAAGAAGGUUGGCUGCCAUUCAACAUGAUUUAAAACUAUUUUUAGUAGAUUAUGCGGCAUUGACUAAUGAAUUAUUUUAUCAAAUUGGGUUAACUGAUUUUGCAAAUUUUGGUAUUUUUGAAUUAACAAAUUCUGUUAAUGAUGAGAUCAAGAGUGAAGACAAUCAUAUUUAUUUAAUUGAAUUAUUAAAGUUCUUCAAAGAUACUCCAAUUGAAAAAAAAGUAAAAAUUAUCAGCCAAUUAUGGAUGAUGAGAGAAAUGUUGGACGAAUACUUUUCCAUUAGGAUAGGUUGUACAAUUCCAGAUUUUGAAGAAGAGGAAGAAGAAGAUAAGGACUUUCCUUUUGAAUCGAUCUAUAUCAAAUCAGUUCCAUUACUAUUAAAGGGCUAUAUCCCACCCUUAUCCAAAUUACCUUUUUUCAUUUAUAGACUGGGUACUAGAGUGGUUUGGGAUGAAGAAUCAAACUGUUUGGAUGGGAUUUUAAAGCAAAUUGCUUUACUCUACAUUCCUGAGGUGAUAGAAAAGAAGGACCCAGAAGAUCCAAACACUUCAGAGGCAGAUAAAAUACAAUACAUCUCUAAAACCGGUGAAAUGGCAUCUGUCUUGGAACACACUAUUUUCCCCUGUGUCAAGCGAAGGUUUCUUGCCCCAACUACACUGCUAAAAGAUGUGGUUGAGAUAGCGAACUUACCUGGUUUGUACAAGGUCUUUGAGCGUUGUUAG